AUGAACGACACUGGCGACGCUACAACCACCGGGCCCCGCAAGAGGAGGACGACCGUAGCUGGCAAUGGGAAACAGGCGAACGGGGGUAAGUGGCGUGAAGCCGGGGACAAGCCUCUGCAGAGAGCUGCUAAAGGGAAGGCGAUGGACCAGGGGCCGAAGCGGAGUGGUCCUAGAGGGAAGCUGGACAGAGAUGUGGAGACAAGAGGUGGACCGUUCCCAGAGAGCCCCAAGAAGGAGACCAGUGCAGUGGAGGACAUCAGUGAGAGGCUCAGUUGCCACAGUCUCCAGGAGUCUCUGCUGAGCUCUGCCAGCGGCUACAGUAACUACAGAGGAAUCCUGAACUGGUGUGUCGUCAUGUUGGUGCUGAGUAAUGCGCGGCUCUUUUUGGAAAACAUCAUAAAGUACGGGAUCCUGGUCGACCCCAUUCAAGUGGUGUCUCUGUUCUUAAAGGACCCCUAUAGCUGGCCGGCCGCGUGCCUCAUUAUUGUGUCCAAUGUGUUCAUUUUGGCCGCCUUGUACAUUGAGAGACGAUUGGCUGUGGGCACAAUUUCCGAAACCACGGGCAGGAUCCUCCACAGCUUCAACCUGGCGUCUCUGCUGGUCUUCCCCUCGUUGACUGUCCUCGGUCUCACCUCCAUGACGCCAGUGGGUGGAGUGCUGUCCCUCGGAACCUACACAAUUCUUUUCCUGAAGCUGUUUUCUUAUCAGGACACAAACAGGUGGAACAGAGAUAUCAGAUUAGCCAAGGCCAAAAGGCUCACCCGGUCCCAUUCAUGUCCUUCUGUGGCCCAGUCCAACGGAUCUGCUGUGCAUAGUCUCGUGUCCUAUCCUGGCAACCUCACGCACAGAGAUAUGUAUUACUUUGUCUUGGUCCCGACUCUUUGCUAUCAGCUCAACUUCCCACGAUCGGCGCGGAUACGCAAGCGAUUUCUCUUGAGGCGGAUUUUUGAGAUGCUUUUUCUUAUGCAGCUUCUGGUGGGAUUGAUACAGCAGUGGAUGGUUCCCAGCGUGCAAAACUCCAUGAAACCAUUCAAGGAAAUGGACUUCUCCCGAAUGGUGGAACGACUGCUCAAGCUGGCGGUUCCAAACCAUUUGAUAUGGUUGAUAUUCUUCUACUGGUUUUUCCACUCCACUCUGAAUGUCGUGGCUGAGCUGCUGCAGUUUGGAGACCGGGAGUUUUACAGAGACUGGUGGAACUCUGAGACCGUGACAUACUUCUGGGCCAACUGGAAUAUCCCGGUUCACAAGUGGUGCCUAAGGCACUUUUACAAACCGAUGCUGAAGAGAGGCGUGAAUAAGUUUUUGGCACAAUCGGCCGUGUUCCUGGUGUCGGCUUUCUUCCACGAGUACUUGGUGAGUGUCCCGUUGAAGAUGUUUCGACUCUGGGCCUUUAUGGGGAUGAUGGCUCAGGUUCCUCUGGCGUGGUUCGUCAGCCGGUAUCUGAACGGUAUCUAUGGGAACGCGGCCGUGUGGAUCUCGCUCAUCAUCGGUCAGCCUGUUGCCGUGCUGAUGCCACCGCUGAUACAAACUCCAGGUUUAAUCCAAAAAGGUCCACCCUGA